CACAUUUUCAGACUCUGAAAAUGCAUCUAAAUGUUAAACAUUAGGUUUACUGCAGAGCAAUAAGUAUCUGAGCCUGAAAUUGCAUUGUAAAAUUUUGUUGAAGCAAGGCAAUCAAAGAAAAGGUGUUCGUUGUGGCGACAAUAUUUAUGCAUCGACUCCUAUGGACUGUUGACAGGGAAUCAUGAAUUUUUCGUUGUAGCGGAAAUUUCGUUGAAGCGGCGUUCAUUGUAGCGGAGUUAGACUGUAUUCAGAAUGGCCACCAUCUAUAGGUGGCAAGCUGUACAACUCAAGAUGGAGCCCAGAGGAAGGUAUGUGAACCUGACAGAAGAAGAGUGUGCUCGCAUCGAUGGAAAUCCCAAGGUGGCUCGCAAACUAGACCGCCUACGGAAUCGCGGUGCGGGAGCAGCAGGGAGUGGUGCAACAGACGGCCUGCCCGGUAUUGGCGACGAGGAUGACGAAGAGGACGAGGACGCAACUGAGUCGGAGUCCGAGUCCACCGAUUCCGAUCUUCCGAGGUCGGGUGACUGGAGCUGCGAUUCGCUAGGUGCCGCGGUGUCGCCCAGCCACUCGACGGACUGUUCGGGGCCGAAGGCAUCCAGCCCUCUGACGGCCAAUGGGCACGCCUCGAGGAACAGCUGCUGCUGUGGGGAAUGCCGAACAUCAAAGGAGGGGGCGGAAGCAGCCUGCCAAACGCUUUCUACGGGGGACAUUGUCAUAACUAAGGUGUUCUUCGAAGAACAGGAGCACGGGGGAAAAACAAUCAUCCAGUGAGAUUUUAUAUAACUAAACCAGUGAGAGUAGUGUACCUCAGAGAACCGUUACUGUGUUGUGACAUGGCAUUUAAGAGGGCUCUUUUUAAGAGGGUACCGGUAAACCAAGUGACGGCCGAGGCAAAAUAGAGUGGCAGAUUUUCUAUAGGUGGCGCGUGUUCCAUCUGUUCAAAAGGAUUUCCACAACGCACUCAAGAAAGAAUGUACCUGCCAUGUUCUGUGAGGUUUCUUGUGCACGAGUUUUUUUAUGGGGUGCUUGCUUCUGCAGAACCUAUAUGUACAAGUGCCUUGACAUAGCUGCUCACUACCUUGGAGGGUUUGCUUGAAGCUUCCUGGGUUUGAGAGACCUUUUUCCCACAAGUGUGCACUGUCUGUUUAACCAAGUGACAAUGCAGAAUCGUUUCAAUAAGUUUGGAGUCAGGUUGUGUGCUGCACAUUUGAGCACGCAUGCAGUCUGUGCGAACUUGCGGAGAUGAUGUUUUUGUGUUUUGAGAAUAAAAACAAUUGUAGAUGCUUUUAUAGCCAUCUUGUUGGGUAUGGCAUAAACGUGAAUAAACGAAUGCAAGCAGUGGAAGUCACUGGAGCCAAAAUGGUACUUGUCUUCUUCAAACCACACGUGUGUGUGUUUUGUCCCCCAAAAAAACAAAAAGGAAGAGAGAGGAGGGCGUAAACUAUUAGAGGGAAAAUCGCAACUCUAACAGACUACACUGCACUCAAAUCUCAUUAUGACGGUCACGUCCGUUCAUGCAAAAUUUUGUUGCAUAGAUUUGUACCACUGUAUCGAUAACAAGACUUUAUUCACUUUGUUAUAGCAGAUAAUUUAUUAUACCUUGGUUUGUUAUAUUGAGGUUUGAGUGUAGAAUUCGAGAUUCAGUAAUUAUGCAACCAAAUUUCAUUCAGUCUCUGGGAGAAGAUAUUUUUUUUUGAUUUGAAGUUUUCUUUCUUUCUGCUGAUGCUGUUUCAUAUCGCUAUUAGGAGCUUUAUAAAUUAUUAUGCACUAUGUCUUUUGUUCUUAUUCAACUUUUAUUAUAAGGUAUUAGACUUUGAUUCCACCAUUGCAUGUAUUUAUAUCUUUGUAUUUUAUUGUUAAUUGGUAUUGCCCCUCCUGCUAGGAUCAAAUUGUACUGCAGUUAAUUGAGAUAAAUAAAUAAAACAAAACGGGAAGCACAUCAAAAACAAACCAAAGUGAGAGAAUGGUCACAUUGAAAGUUUACACAUUUUGCUUAACUAUAGUUGUCAAAAGUAAGCGCCAUCUAGAAAUGAUAAUUUCACAAAGAUCACAACUUGUUAGAAGAAAAGCUCGAGUCUCACUGGUUUUUUUGUAGUUAACAGACGGGAUGGAUUCAAAAGCCUCUUUUCAAACCUGUUGGCUGGAUGGUAUUAAUUUUGGGAAUAAAGUAGAACUCAAUAUUUUCACCCUUGUCAGUAAUCGUAGGUUUGACUGAGCGUAGCUUUGAUAAAGUUGUCACCUGCCACACUAUAAAAUGCUGUGCCACUGUUUUUGUCAUUUCUUCAUAAUGUCCACACGACGCCCGUUUAAUCUCGUAGUAUUAACAGGCUGUUCUGUAUUCGAUGUUCUAAAUACAUAACGAAAA